CGUAAGGAGCUCGCCGGCGUGCGCGCGCGGCCGGGGCUCGGCAUGAGGACUUUAUGGAGAUUUGGAUACUCUGCCAGACUACUGAAAACCAAUCAUUUUAGGACAGCUGCAUCAAAUACAUCAUUUCCAACGAUUUGGAUGCUCUUGGCACAAAAUUCUGGCAGAAUACCUGGAUCACUUGUAGUAGUAGUUCAGAGAAAUAGUUUCUUUACAAUGCCUGAAACUGUAGAGGAUAAAGCUAAUCUAGAACUGUAUUCGCCACCUCCUAAAGUACGUGGAAUGACACAACUCAACAGAGAAGCUUUCAAAAGGACAGUUGUUGUUCCAGUUCUUAAAGUUAAGAAAGAAAGAAUAAGUACUUUACUGAAGUCCUUAAAACAUACAAUACUACAGCGUCCUGGUCUAAAACGAGUGGUUGAAGAUCCAGACGAUGAGAACAGUAGACUUCUUAUAUUGGAUCCUCAUAAAAUACCAGAAUUCUCAUUGGGAGAAUCAGAUCAAGAGGUAUUAAAACAGUUUAAUAUUCCUCCUGUGGUAUGCAAGUAUGACUUGGAGCUGACUUACGACAAUUUCAAGUCAGAGGAGAUCCUACGAGCAGUCCUUCCCACAGGUCAAGAUGUCACCUCUGGAUUUAGCCGUGUUGGUCACAUAGCACAUUUGAAUCUUAGAGAUCAUCAGCUACCUUACAGAUAUUUGAUCGGCCAGGUUAUAAUUGACAAGAAUCCAGGAGUUACGUGUGUAGUGAAUAAAACCAGUAUUAUUGACAACACGUACAGAAAUUUUCAAAUGGAAGUGCUAGCUGGAGAGAGCAACCUGGUAACCAAGGUCAAAGAAAAUAAUAUUGCAUAUGAAUUGGACUUCUCGAAAGUCUACUGGAAUCCCCGUCUUUCCACAGAGCAUGGCCGUAUCGUUGAGCUUUUAAAGCCUGGUGAUGUUCUUUUCGAUGUCUUUGCUGGGGUUGGGCCUUUUGCUAUUCCAGCAGCAAAGAAAAAUUGCAGUGUAUUUGCAAAUGAUCUCAAUCCUGAAUCCUACAACUGGCUUUUGCACAACUGUAAACUAAACAAAGUAUACAACAAAAUAAAAACAUUCAACAUGGAUGGCAGGGACUUUCUCCUGGGGCCAGUUAGAGAAGAACUAAGUAAAGAGCUUCCACUUCAGACAGAAGAACAGAAGACCUCUUUUCAUAUAGUCAUGAAUUUGCCGGCUUUGGCUCUUGAAUUUCUAGAUGUUUUCAGACAUCUCUUAGUUGGAGAGCCGUGCAGCACUGCUGUCCUUCCCACCGUGCAUUGCUAUGGUUUCUCUAAACAUCAUGAUCCAGCCAAAGAUAUUCAAGAACGAGCUGAGGCUUCGCUGGGAACCUCCUUGGAUGGACGCUGUUCUACUUACCUGGUUAGAAAUGUUGCACCAAACAAGGAGAUGAUAUGCGUUAGUUUCCAGAUUCCAGCUGAUGUCCUGUACAAGAGGCCCUGCCCUGUUGAAGAGAAACCAGCCUCUAAACGUCUGCGUACCAGCAAAGAUUUUUCUGAAGAGACCUUACUGAGUUGAAGAUUAGAGUUACGGUAACUAUCUUAUUAGUUUGCAUUAGGUACGCUUAGGAUACCUCUAGCCUACUACCCCUUAAAUUCUUUGAACCACGCUUGGGUUACCCACUUUAGAUGUGGGCAUGUGUCAUGCAUGUUACAUCUUUCCUUGGUAAGCAUUUGCUUCCUGCAUUUACUUUUUCUUAAUUGUGGGAUCAAUAAC